AUGUCCGAGCGCCUGUUUAAUGAAGUCGAAAUUUUCUUGGCGGAGGUUGAAGCUAUGAAGGAUAUUCAUACCACUGAUGACAACGUGCCUAAAACUAACUGGAUUGUUCAAGUCGAUCCAAAAACAAAUACUCCCUACUACUGCAACUACGUUACCAAAGAAACUACGUGGAAUAUCCCAGAUGAAUAUCGGGCUUAUCUAACAAAGUACGAACUUUAUCUCAAAAGCCAACAGGAGGGGACCACGAAACCUAAAGAAAAUAAGGAAAAAUCGAAGUCCCCUAGUCCAAAACACAUUUUUCCCGAGGGUAAUGCUCGAAAACGCCGUCGAAUCAAGCGGGCAUUUAUGCGAUCGAAUGCUGAUAAAGGAAAGAGUCUAACUAACGAUGGACCUAUUGAAUUUCUUUCAGAAUAUGUAUCCUGUUACAGCUCCUCAUGUUCAUCCCGAUCAGUUUCUGAUAGCGAAUCGAGUGAAACACAAAAAUCACCCCUUAUUGAAGACCAUGCAGAAGAGCAAAUGGAUACGGAGCAGAAUGAAAGUGAAGCAUUUAUUGGGCCGCUACUACCCUCUGUAAAACCAGUAGAGUGCGAUUCCUUUUUGGAAUUCGACAAUCCCGAGACUCAGACUCUUUGUUCACCUAAGUUGGUCAGUGUUAACCGAUCCACUCUUCUUGAGGCUAGUCAACUCUUAAUCGAAAAAUUUACCGCAAUCGACACCCAACUUGAUAAAUUUUCCCCCUUACAAGUUGCCUAUGUACAGUUUGCCACAAGAUACGAAGAUUGGAAGUAUGGCUAUCUCCCAAAUGAACGGUACUUUGAAAAGCUUGAGGAAGUCAAUGAGUUUCUCCUGCAAUAUGAAAAGACAUCUUUGCCACAAGGAACAACCUGGGAUGCGGAAAAUAAGCGUUAUGCAAGUAAAACGGAUGAAAGCGAUGAUAAUGGUUUCAAUUUUUCCCAUGAUCAAACUUGCGUAAUUGAGAGGGAUCCUAAAAAUCAGGUUUAA